AAAUGAGGAGUCGCCACUUUUUUUCCGCGUCAAGUUCGUGGCUGAAAGUUUUCUUUCCUCCUCUUUUUUCUCGUCUGUGUGCGGACGAACCGUCGCACGCACCGACAAUGAGAGAGAAAGCCGUGGGUUCCGUCUGCGCGCUGCCCCUCCGCUGAUGCCCAGCGUCCGUUGCUCCUCGACGGCGUCGUGUUCGCGUUACUUUAGAUGCUUCUCGACACAUUUCCGUUAUGCGAAGUCCAACUUGUUGGUUAGUUGUCGUGCUGCGGAGGGUGCCCAUCCGAGAUAACGGAGAACUGAUUCUCAGCCGGUCUGGUUACUGCAAUGAAUGGUAACACUAUCCAUCCAGCCAACACCACCACAACAGCAGGAGGAGGCCCCGGCAUUCCAGCGCCCCCGAGAGGCUGGAGGGAGUUCUGCGAGCUGCAUGCCAUCGCCACAGCCCGACAGCUGGCCGGACACUACCGGAGCUUUGCCAGAGAGUGGCCACAACAUGACGUGCUCCCACCAGAGACUUUUUCCAAGCAGUUCACCGACCUCUUCCAGAAGCACUUCUGCUGUGAGGUUGACAAAGAUGGCAUGCCGCUCAGCCCUAGCAGAAGUUCUACCUCUACAGGUAGUGCUUCCUCCACAUCUUCAGUGGCCCGUCCCCUUCCAUCACAGCCUGUGACUGGUUGUUCACGGAUUACAUCUUUGUCUGAGGUGCAAGACUAUCGGGAAGCGGGCCGUCAAAGUGGAGGAGCUGCUUUAUUCACUUUGGUGCCCCCAAAAGUGGAGCCAGUGGUGGUAAGCCGGGAACAGGAGCAGCCACUGCAAUGUGCUGCGGGGACCUCCUUGUUGGGGAACCCUGUGGUGCUUAGAGGGUCAACUCGUAGUGUUGGCAGUGGGUCACUGCUAAUGCAUGGCAAUGGCAAUGAGGAGAUCUCUGGCACCAGUCAUCAUCAGGUCUCUGAACGGUACUCGUCUGACUCUUUAAUCUCCAACCCUGGACAUGCUGACGUCACGCACUUCUCUGUCAGUCAGAUUCAACAGACCGUAAGAAGACUUUUCAAGAAACGUCCCCUUCCCAGUCCCCCAUCAACCCAGGACCUGUCCUCUAGCAAUCCAAACCCCAGCAACAACAAUAAUCCACCAAAUAAUAUUGAGAGAAUGGGUGGGAUCCACUCCCCAAAUGAGAACGUGUCAUCAUCCUCCUCUUCUUCCCACUCUUCGUCUUGUUUGAACUCUGAAGUCCCUCCACCUGGCACUUCACAAUGGUCCAUGGCUGGAGUAGCCUCUCACUUCCUCGAUCGUUUACGUUGGUUACACAACAGGAGCAUGAGGCAGCGGAGGUCAGAGGUGAGCGGCUGCUGUAAAGAGGGCCAUCUGAGGUACUUACUGGUGGAUGACACUAUCUCAGACUCUCAACCCCGAUGGCAACGCUGCCGUCUGCUGGUCAGGAGGAUCAGGGAUGCUCAAGGAGGAGGUGGCGGCGGAAGAGGCGGAGGGGAGCGGUACCAGUUGGAGCUUUAUGAUCCUCCAAAGGCUUCCAGUCCUAAGCUGACGACUCAGUGCUCUGAUAUCCAAGAGGUUCGUCGUUGCAACCGACUGGAGAUGCCUGACAACAUUAACACUUUUGUUUUAAAGGUUAACCGAGGUAGCCUGUUAUUUGAGACAGACAACGACCAGCAGGUCAGCUCCUGGACCACAGAGCUUAAAGAAUGUAUCAGCAACAGGUCAGGCAGCGUUGAUCUGGAGCCGCUCCCUUCCCCAGCUGACAACUCUGCUCCAGCCAAUCGCAGAGGAAGCUCAGCAUCAGCGAGUCACAGCCCCGUCACCUUCGCCUUACCGGAGCAGAUCAUCCAGAAGACAGACCACUUCCUCUUCUCCUACCCAUGGUUCCAUGGGCCCAUCUCUCGCCUCAAGGCAGCCCACCUGGUUCAGAGCUCUGGACCAGAGGGACAUGGAGUGUUUCUGGUCCGACAGAGCGAGACACGCAGGGGAGACUACGUCCUCACGUUUAACUACCAGGGAAAAGCAAAGCAUCUGCGACUCUCCCUGACAGAAUGGGGUCAGUGCAGGGUGCAGCACCUACGCUUCCCCUCGGUCAUGGACAUGCUCAGUCACUUCCGCCUCUUCCCCAUCCCGCUGGAGUGUGGAGCCGCAGGUGCCGUCACGCUGUCCAGCUUCGUCGUGGCAGGAGUCAGCCCUCCGUCGCAGGGUCAGCUCUCCGGCGCUCUCCUGGUCCCUUUUUCCCUCCACCGUUGGAGCUCAGAGCCCAGCCUGGCUCACUGUAGUUUGGCCCGCAGCUCCAGUCAGCCUCCAUCCUCCUCCUCCUGCUUCACCACAGGCAACACUUCCAAUCCCAGCUCCGUGUCCCAGCCGGGGAACCGCCCAUCCGGUCGCACCAACCCCGUCCCCGACCCUCCUGCUCCUCCUCCAGCAGCCCCUGCACUCCUGCGUCGCAGCGAGUCAGUAGGGAGGAGGCCACUGCUUCGCCACCACGCCACCCACACUCCCAUCGUCCCCCAGCGGGACUCGGACUACGAGCUGGAGCCUGAGCGAGGCCGCAAGCGGGCAAUAGACAACCAGUACAUGUUGCUAUGACCUCGGAAACACAGGAGUCACCAGUGAAGCCAGCACACACACACGCACACACACACACACACACACGUCCUCCUCCUUCAUUAAGGGUGUGAGACAUGAUUUCAGCAGACUCAAGAAUUUAGGACAACAAGUCUUGGUCUGAUGAAUGCAGAGCUUUGUGAAGACACACACACACACACACACCCUCCCCCUCCCUCUGAGUGUCCACAGUGAAUGUAUUUUUGGGAGUUUUAUUACAGUGUUGAUAAUGAUCAUUAUUCUUGUUUAAUUGAUGUUGAGGGUCUUUGUGCGUGCGUGUGUGUGUGUGUGUGUGUGUGUGUGUGUGUGUGAGCGUGAGCGUGAGCGAGACAGAGGGAGCGUGUGAGAGCGCCAUCUUGAGCUGUCCUCCAGACCAGACAAAAAAAUAUAUAUACAUAUAGAUAUUUUUAAAUAUUUCUAUCCUGGUCAAUUCUACGAGCUGCGCAUUAUUUAACUUCUUACGGCACUUAACCUGAGCUGCCUGCAGACCAGGACAAAUCAAGUGCUCUGCCUUUAAAGUAUUUAAGGAACAUUUACUCUUCACACAAAGUUCCCAGUGUGGAGCAAACUCCCACCUUUUUUUUUUUUUUUUAAAUAAACACCAA